AUCCUAGUGGAUAUACAAAACGAUUUCCUGCGACUCGGAACAUUAGAAGUACCGGACGGAAAUGAAAGACUUUCAGCCUACCUGAAAAAACAAGGAAUAGACACCUUAUAUAUAAGGGGACUCGCUACGGAUUAUUGCGUAAAAUUUACUUGUCUGGAUGCAAUAUCCGAGGGUUUUGAAACCUAUUUGAUUGAGGACGGGACAAGGGGUGUGAAUCUCAAGGAGGGCGAUGUGGAGAAGGCGUUUCCCAGGAAAUGCGGGAAGCGGGAGUUAUUGUCAUCCAGUCUGAUGACUUAG